CAGACGGGGCGCACCUGGAAGUGAGGUGCACCUUCAUUCACCUCCAGACAAGUCCGCUCGUUUUUCACUAUCUGAUGACAUAUUAAUUAGAUAGGAGAGAGACCGCGGACUUUGGCAGUGGAUGAAUAAUUAAACCGCAGUUUACAGAAGAGCUGACAUGAGGAGCUGAGCCAAGCAGUAGCGGAGGCGGAGUGCGUCUACCUCCCGCCUGUGUCCUGUGACGAAAAAAAACGUAGAACAGGUCCACAGGUGUUUUUAGUAUUUUUGCUUUUUCAUGUCAUUUGACCUGAACACACUGCACUGUGAUCAUGCUCGGGGCGGAGAGCAGGCUGGAAAGCCGGCUGAAGAAGCUGGAGUCCCUAAUGAGGGACCCGCAGUCGGCUCUAAACUUGGAAACCCUGCUGGAUUCCAUGAAUGCAUUGGCUAAUGAUUUGAACUACCCUGCCCUGCGGAAAAACAAGAACAUAGACUCAUUUCUGAACCGAUAUGAAAAGGCGGUGAUUCAGCUGCGAGAGCUGCAGGUGAAGCUUGAAGACUUUGAAAAAGUGAAGCUGAUCGGGAGAGGAGCCUAUGGAGAAGUGCAGCUGGUCCGUCACAAGGCCUCUCAGAAGGUUUACGCCAUGAAGCAGCUGAACAAAUUUGAGAUGAUCAAGCGGUCAGACUCGGCCUUCUUCUGGGAGGAGAGGCACAUCAUGGCCUUUUCCAGCAGCCCCUGGGUCGUUCAGCUGUGCUGUGCUUUCCAAGACGACCGUCACCUCUACAUGGUGAUGGAGUUCAUGCCCGGAGGCGACCUGGUCACACUCACCAUGAACUACGACAUACCAGAGAAGUGGGCUCGCUUCUACACGGCUGAAGUGGUGCUGGCGCUAGACGCCAUCCACUCCAUGGGCUUCAUCCACCGUGACAUUAAACCCGACAAUAUGCUGCUAGACCAACAUGGACAUCUCAAACUGGCCGACUUUGGAACAUGCAUGAAGAUGGACUCGACGGGCAUGGUGCACUGUGACACAGCUGUGGGCACACCAGACUACAUCUCCCCUGAGGUGCUCCAGUCUCAGGGUGGCGAUGGUAACUACGGCCGGGAGUGUGACUGGUGGUCUGUAGGAGUAUUUAUCUAUGAGUUGCUGGUUGGUGAAACUCCGUUCUAUGCCGAGUCCUUGGUUGGAACUUAUGGAAAGAUCAUGAACCACAAGAACUCCCUCAUCUUCCCAGACGAUGUAGAGAUGUCUACGGAAGCCAAAGCCCUGAUCUGUGCCUUUCUUACUGACAGGACGGUUCGUCUAGGCCGCACUGGAGUGGACGAGAUCAAAUGCCACCCCUUCUUCAAGAGCGACCAGUGGACCUUUGACAACAUCCGAGAGACUGUGGCCCCAGUUGUGCCAGAGCUGAGCAGUGACAUAGACACCACUAACUUUGAUGACAUAGAGGUUGAUAAAGGAGAUGCUGAGACCUUUCCUCCUCCCAAAGCCUUUGUGGGCAACCAGCUACCAUUCGUCGGCUUCACUUACUUCAAGGAGGACCAGCUGCUGAAGGGAAGCAAGAGCGGCUCUGUGGAGGAUAUAGAGGACUGUAAGGAAAACUCUGAGGAUAAGGAGUAUUGCUCGGACAGUAGGAAAGAGCUGCAGAAAAAGCUUCAUCAGCUGGAGGAGCAGCUCGACCAUGAGAUGCAGGCCAAAGAUGAGCUGGAGCACAAGUGCAAAAACGCCACCAACCGUUUAGACAAGCUGGUCAAAGAAUUAGAUAAGGAGAUGAACAGCAGGCAGAGAGUCGAGGCGUCGCUGAGGCAGCUGGAGAGGGAGCGAGCUCUGCUGCAGCACCAGAGCGCCGAAAACCUGCGCAAGGUGGAGCUUGAGACCGACAGGAAGCGCAGCCUGGAGAAUGAACUGAACAACCUGAGGGACCAGCUAGAAGAUCUCAGGAAGAGGAACCAGAAUUCCCACAUAUCCAGUGAGAAGAACAUCCAACUGCAGAAACAGCUCGAGGAGGCCAACGCCGUGCUUCAGGCCGAGCAGGAGGCGGCAGCGCGACUGAAGAAGAGUCAAGGCGAGGUGCAGAAGCAGGCCCAGAACCUGGAGGUCAGCCUCAGGGAGAUGCAGGAAAAGUGCAGCCAGCUGGAAAACGGCAAGAUGGAGCUGGAGAAGCAGCUGAUGGGGCUGCAGGCCAAGCUGGAGGAGGAGGGAAGAGCCCGCAACCUCGGGACAGAAACUAUUACUGACCUACAGGGACGUAUCUCUGGCCUGGAAGACGAGGUGAAAGAGUUGAAGUCGUCUCGCUCCAAGGUCCAGUCGGAAAAGAAGCAGCUACAAGAGAAGCUCAAUGACCUCGAGAAGGAAAAGAGCAACCAAGAGAUUGACCUGACGUUCAAGCUGAAGUCGCUCCAGCAGAGUCUGGAGCAGGAGGAGGCCGAGCACAAGGCCACCAAAGCCAAGCUCGCUGAUAAAAACAACAUCUACCAGUCCAUCGAGGAGGCAAAGUCUGAGGCCUUUAAAGAGGUGGAGUGCACCCUGCAGGAGGAGCGCAGCUUGAAGCUGCAGGUGGAGGGCAGGCUGCUGCAGCUAGAGAAGGACCACUCCAUGCUGGACUGUGACUACAAGCAGGCGCGGCACAAGCUGGAUGAGGUGCAGGCACAGAAGGAGAAACUUUGUGAAGAGGUGAAGAACCUGAAUUUACGUCUGGAGCAGGAGAUCCACAAGCGGAGCCUGAGCCAGAGCGAUCUGAAGAUGCAGAACCAGCAGGUGUCGGUGCUCCGCUCCUCCGAGAAACAGCUCAAACAGGAGCUCAACCACCUGCUGGACAUGAAGCAGAUCCUGGAGAAACACAACCAGGAGCUGCGCAGGGAGAAGCAGGAGGCUGACAGCCAGCUGAAGGAAUUGAAGGACCAAUUGGAGGCAGAGCAAUAUUUCACGACCCUUUACAAGACGCAGAUCCGUGAGCUGAAGGACGAGUGCGAUGAGAGAAACAAGCUGUACAAAGAGGCACAGCAGCGACUGGCGGAGUAUCAGGAGGAGAGGGACUCGAUGGCGGCCCAGCUGGAAACCAGUCUGACCAAGGCGGACUCUGAGCAGCUGGCUCGCUCCAUCGCUGAGGAGCAGUACUCUGACCUGGAGAAGGAGAAGAUCAUGAAGGAGCUGGAGAUCAAAGACAUGAUGGCGAGACACAAACAGGAGCUCGGUGACAAGGAGGCCACCAUCAGCUCGCUGGAAGAGUCCAAUCGCACUCUGACAGUGGAUGUCGCUAACCUGGCCAGCGAGAAGGAGGAGCUCAACAACCAGCUGAAAGACAUGCAGCAACAACUCCAGAGGGCCAGGGAGGAGGAGAAGCAGAUGAGCUCAGUCAAAGUGUCCUUUGAAAAGCAGCUGCAGAAUGAAAGGACACUAAAAAUUCAGGCUGUCAACAAGCUGGCAGAGGUGAUGAACAGGAGGGAGACGGUGAAGGGAGGCCACCGGAGCACCGGCACCGAGGUGCACAGGAAGGAGAAGGAGAACAGGAAGCUGCAGCUGGAGCUGAGAGCGGAGAAGGAGAAGCUCAACAGCACAAUCAUCAAAUACCAGAGAGAGCUGACUGAGAUGCAAGCGCUGAUAGCAGAAGAGAACCAGGUGCGUUUGGAGCUUCAGAUGGCGUUGGACAGCAAGGACAGCGACCUCGAGCAGCUUCGGUGCCAGCUCACCUCCCUCAGUGUUCACUCUCUCGACUCCACCAGCAUCAGCAGCGGCAACGACCUGGACAUGGUUGACGGGUAUCCAGACGCCAGGCUGGAAGGUUGGAUUUCACUUCCUACCAAGAACACAAAGCGCUUUGGCUGGGACAAAAAAUAUGUCGUGGUGAGCAGUAAAAAGAUCCUGUUCUAUCACAGUGAGCAGGACCGAGAGCAGGCCAACCCUUUCAUGACGCUGGACAUUGAUAAGCUGUUUCAUGUCCGACCUGUCACUCACACGGAUGUGUAUCGUGCAGAUGCCAAAGAAAUUCCAAGGAUAUUCCAGAUCCUCUAUGCCAAUGAAGGUGAGAGCAAGCGGGAACAGGAGGUCGUAGUGGAGCCCACGCCGUUCGGUGACCGCGCCUCCUACAUCAGCCACAAGGGCCACGAGUUCAUCCUCACUCUCUAUCACUUCCCGUCCAGCUGUGAGGCCUGCACUCGGCCGCUGUGGCACGUCUUCAAGCCCCCGCCGGCCCUCGAGUGCCGCCGCUGCCACACCAAGUGCCACAAAGACCACCUGGACAGGAAGGAGGAAGUUAUUGUGCCCUGCAAAGUGAACUAUGACAUGUCCACUGCCAAAGAUUUGCUCCUGCUGACCAGCUCUCAGGAGGAGCAGCAGCGCUGGGUUAGUCACCUCCUCAAACGCAUCCCGAGGAAACCCCUGACAAUGAGUCCUCCCUCUGCGGCGCAAAACAACCCUCCUGAAGCAACGCCGCGGUACUCUCCAAAAAUCUCACCGCGACCUUCACCCAGGGGUUCGCCUCAUUUGUCGACGCACCGUGGAGCCAUAAAGAUCCAGCCCAGCAGACAGCAGCAGUCAUCAGGGAAGACCAGAUUGCUUGAGUUUGGCCUGAAAGACUGGAGUUGGUCGUUGGAUGAUGUCGAUAAUGAUGAUGAUGAUAUGUUCUUCUGAAGAAGUGAAAGUGGGGGGACAGAGGUUAACCCUGGCCGAUAAAAGAUGAGUAUUUUCAUCUUUGUGGAUUAAUAACCGCAGCCUGGACGAAGUGCCUGCAUGUGUCAUUUGUUCAAGGAACUAGACUGAAAAAAAAAGAAGGCUCUUAUCACGGACAGAACGAUUCACAGAAAUUGGCUGUCGUCAUGAGAACUGGGACUGUCAUUUUAACAAGAGGAAAAUGAGCAUACUCUUCAUCUUUCAGUGAGACAUCCAAAGAAAAA